UGAAGAUGAAGCAAUUGAGCACUUCAACGGUUGGGAAUAUGGAAAUGGAGGUGGUGAUACGUACACAAUGGUUAAGGGCUUUUGAGGAGGUGGGAAGUGGUCAAAGGGCAUCUCUCAUCCACCCAAUCCUAGGCUGUCUCAUGUGUCGAAGACCUCCAAUCCUUGGUCUUUGAGGAACCUUUUGCAGGAGUGACCUUCACGAUCUCCCCACCUCUCUCCCUCUUUUUCUCUUUUAUUUUCAUGGGAUGGGAAGUUCGGAUUACCACAUGACCAUUUCCUAAAUUGUUUGAGCUUUUCCUAAACAAACCCAUCUCUCUCUUUCUUUCUCCGGGUGGCUUGGCUUUUCUUCUUAGAAGGGUUAUCUUGUGGGGUUCUUUCAUUUCCUUUGCCAUCUACCCCUCUGGGAUUCUUGGACCAUAGUUUAGUGUUUUUUUUUCCUUGGGUUUUCCCUUUGUUGUUGUCUUCAUUAGGGUCAGAGAGAUUCUUCCUAGUGGAUCCUUGUUUUUUUAUUUUUUUAUUUUUUACUUUUCCUUUUUGGGUUGUUUGUUGAGGAGUCUAGUCCUCCGUGCCAUUUGGGUUUCUGCUGUUUGAUUUGUGGUUGAUGUCUCUGGCUGUUGGGGUGGUUUCCAGUUCCAAAAGCAUGGGUUUUGACAACAAUGAGGGUGCAGUAAACACUGAUCUUUCAGAGACUAAGAGCACAGCAAAGACUCCUGCAGAUGAAGAGAGAGGUGAUGAACAUGGAGGGUGUGAGAAUUCUGUGGAUGCAACUGAGGAAGAGGAAGAGGAAGAUGAAGAGAGGAAGAUAGAGUUGGGUCCUCAGUUCACUCUCAAAGAACAACUUGAGAAAGAUAAGGAUGAUGAGAGCUUGAGGAGGUGGAAGGAACAGCUUCUUGGCAGUGUGGAUUUGAAUUCUGUUGGAGAAACUCUAGAACCAGAUGUUAAGAUCCUGGAACUUGCAAUAAAGUCCCCUGGUAGACCUGACAUUGUUCUUCCAAUCCCUGAGUCGGGAAAUCCUAAGGGCUUGUGGUUUACAUUGAAAGAAGGCAGUCGUUACAGCAUGAACUUCACUUUCAAAGUCAGUAACAACAUUGUAUCAGGCCUCAGAUGCACCAAUGUUGUUUGGAAAACUGGACUCAAGGUGGACAGCACAAAAGAGAUGCUUGGAACCUUCAGUCCUCAGCAGGAGACUUACACUCAUGAGAUGCCCGAAGAGACGACCCCAUCUGGGAUCUUUGCUAGAGGAACUUACUCAGCUAAAACCAAGUUUCUUGAUGACGAUAACAAGUGCUACUUGGAGAUCAACUACAGCUUCGACAUCAGGAAAGAUUGGCAGUCAUGAGUUCUUACAUCUUCAGUGUCCUUGAUUUGCCUCAACUCUGAUUGUUUUGGAAACCCACUUUAUAUGGUGUGCCCCAUAUCUAUCUCAUUCCAUUCUUGGGCAUUCAGUUCAAAGCCUGUCUCAUUCCGGUUAUCUAAACAAUGGAGAAAGGAAAAGAAAAAAGUAGCUGUUAGAGAUAUUCAUUUAUUAGGCCUCUUUUAAUAAACUCGAGCUUGGCCUGUUUCUCAGAGCUCUCGCACUCUUGGUUCUCAGGAAAUCCAGGCUGAGGUGCAAGGAAGCUACUGGUUGGUGUUUGUGUUGAGCUUUGUUUCUGUAGUUUGAACCUUUUUUUAAACGGGUUUCUAGAGAAGAUUGCUAGAAUUUGAAAGCAGAGCAGCGAAGGGUUUGGUGAAUAAUUGUCUGUCUUCCUUUUUGGCAUUCUUU